CUCGCCCCGCUACUCGCGAAUUCCCAUCUUCCUCGUCGGAAAACCCCCACUGAAACUCAAAUCUUCUCUCAGUUCUUCCCCAUUGAAACCCAAAUCUUCUUCCUCUCCGUUACUUCACCACUUCGUUUCUAUCUUCAUGGCCAUUCUGUGAGGCAUGGCGGCGAUGGAGAAGCUGUUCGUGCAGAUCUUCGAGAGGAAGAAGUGGAUCAUCGACCAAGCCAAGCACCAGACCGAUCUCUUUGACCAGCACCUCGCGUCCAAGCUCGUUAUCGAUGGAAUUGUUCCUCCGCCUUGGCUGCACUCCACUUUUCUUCACUCCCGCAUUUCGCAUUUCGAAGUUGCAGAAGCGAACAAGGAUUUAAUUUCUGAAGUUGAAUUUCCGCGUUCUCCGCUUGAGACCCAUCAUUCUAGUUUGAACGAGGUAUCGGUUGCAGACAUUAGGGAGGAGUUGCAGGCCAGGUUGAGUGAAGAAGCUGGUUCUUUAAACGAUGGUUUUGAAGCAGGAAUUAGGCUGUCAGUUUUACCCCCAUGCGACAUAAAUGACGCUGGAUGUGCCUCAAAUGGCGCCACUCAUACUGAGAUGAGUCCUGUUUCACCUCAAGCUCGACGAGGUGUAGUUUCAGAAAAUCACCAAGAUCCUACUCUGUCAUUGGCACGGCUACAUAGGUCUAAAUCUAGGCAAAGGGCUUUAGAGUUACGCAAUAGUGUGAAAUCUGAUAGAUGCCAAUCCCGGUGUCAGAACAAGAAUGGUUCCGUUGCUGGUGGGAUUGCGGGAUCUGCUAUUAGUUUGCUGCAUUCGGGUCACGAAGAUGAAUCAGAGUUGGCAAAGCCUUCUAGUAGCUGUAAGGGAAUUGGUUCUGUAGGAGAAGAAGCUAAUGUUUGUGGCGAACAGAAGGAUAUCUCUAUUUGCUCUAAUAAAAUUACAAUAGUUGGAAACUCUGGGUUGCAAAGUAGCCAUAUUCAUGUGGAUAAUUCUGUAAACAUUUCCUCUGAAGAUGGAGGGUUAUGUCUAGCUGGAGGUUCAACACGAAAGUCUGAUCAAGAUACUGAGCAAUUCGACUCUCCCAAACCUUCUUCUGGGAAGAUUAAAUACUGUGAAGAAGCGUCGGGAUAUUGCAGGAGCCAGGAAUAUAAUUUUGGUAAUGCUGAACAGUCUGGGUUGCAAUAUAGCUCUUCGGACGUGGAUAAAUCUUCAUGCACUUCCCCUGAAGAUGGAAGAGCAUGUCCUGUUGGAAGUUCAAAACUGCAUUCUGAUCAAGUGGAUGAGCAAUUGGACUUGUCUAAACCUUCUGGCAGCCAGGAGUAUAACCUUGAUAAUGCUCAACAGUCUGGAUCACACCACAGCUCCCUGGAUGUGAACGAUUCAUCAUACAUUGACUCUGGAGAUGGAAGAUCAUUGGACUUGUCUAAACCUUCUUCUAGCAACGUUGAAAGCUGCAAAGAAACAAUAUUAGGACAUUGUAGGAGCCAGGAAUGUAAUUUUGAUAAUGCCCAACAGUCUAGGUCCAAAUACUGCCCCCGGGAUGUGGAUAAUUCUUCAUACAUUUACUCUGAAGAUGGAAGAUUAUGUCCCAAUGGAAGUUCAAAAGUGCAUUCUGAUCAAGUGGAAGAGCAAUUGGACUUAUCUAAAUCUUCUUCUGACAAUAUGGAGUGCUGUGAAGAAGCAAUAUUAGGAAAUUUCGGGAGUCAGGAGUAUAAUUUUGAUAAUUCUCAACAGGCUGGGAUGCAACAUAGCUCCCUUGACGAGGAUAAUUCUCCAUGCUUUUCCUCUGAAGAUGGAAGUUUAUGUCCUAUUGGAAGUUCAAAACGACAUUCUGAUCAAGUGAGUGAGCAGUUGGAGUCGUCUAAACCUUCUUCUAGCAAUAUUGAACGCCGUGAAGAAGGAUUAGGAGACUGCAGGACCCCUGAACAGUCUGGUCCAGAUAAAAUUUCCAGUGCACCAGUAAUGGAAGUAAGGGAGGAGAAAGCAUCAGAUAAGAAGUCCACUUUUCUGGAUGACAAGAGGGCUGUUAAUGAAAAGGAAACAUGCAAUUCAUCCCUUCACAUGCAUUUGCCACAGAUUCAGGUAGACUCAGUAAAGGAAAACGAAUCUUGUAUAGGUGUAUCUGAAUUUCAUAGUGAGAAGAGAUGUGAAGUGAGAGAAUAUUCAAGUGAAAAUGCUCUUCCGUCUGCUGACAAAUCACUGCAAGAUUAUGAAAAAGUAGCUGCUUGUCCUUUGCUGCAAAGUGAUGAACCUGCUGAACAAAAUAUAUCUUUGAAAGAUGGAGUUUCAAAUUUGCAGUUUUCUCAUGAAAAUGUAGUUAAAAUCCCACUAGUGGAUACAGAUAAUGCAUCUGUUCGGAUAAGAGACACAGAACCGGCUAGAGAUCUCAUGGUCAUGACUCCUUGUGUUGCUUCCACCGGUGAAAGGGAUGGUAAUUUGGAGCAGAAACUGAAAAAUUCAGGCAUGUCUCAGUAUGAAGAUUCAGAUUCCUUUGAGGGCUGCACUGGUGACUUCAAUGGUAACCAUGAUUACAUAUCAACUGAGUGCCAGACUGCAGAAAAAUCGACAGAGUUAAAAGUUUUCAGCUCAGGUUUGAAGGCAUCUAGUCCUCAUAAUAAGCAGAGUAAGGUUGAGUUCCAACUGAGGAAUGGUAGUCCUGAAUCUUUAGGCUUGAGGAGCAAUAAACUUCAAAUCAUCAACAGGAGUACCAUAGAUCAAAAAUUGAUGCAUGAAUUUGACAAUGAAAAUCCCGUCCUUGAAUUUCAACGAUUCUCAUUUUCCGAAGAAGGUUACCGACAACCAAAUGCGAGUAUUAUCCCUGUUGAAAUAUUGCACUUUGAAAAGGAGGCUCACGUAAUGCAGGGGUCUAAAUCAUCACCCACUCGUACAGUCAAAGAGGAUCUCUCUAGGUUCGGGAGCAAUAACAGAGGCACAACAGUGCAAAAUGUUAUGCUAGAGAGCCAAAGUUUUGAUCGAAAAGAAAAAUUUCAGUUUGGAGAUAACAAAACUCCUGUUGAUACUGGGAAAACUGAAGGAGAAGGGGAAAAUGGAAAACUUACUUCUUGCUCGCUUAUUACUCCCUAUAUUCAAACUUCUCAUUAUCCUAGUGCAGAGAAGGAUAUGCCUGCAUUAGAGGGGUUCCUAAUGCAGGCUGAAGAUGAACAGCCAUGCAUUUCUGUUGGCAGAAUCAACUUUGACAAAUUAAAUCUUUCAAAGUGUAUGAUAGAACGUGCUAGCAUCUUAGAGAAACUUUGUAAAUCUGCUUGUAUAAAUAGCCCAUUAUCCUCAUCUUCAGAAAAUUUUAAGUUGAACAAGGUAACAGAUUUGGACCAUUCUCUUCCUAAUGGUCUUCUAGAGAGCAGGGACUUGGAGACUAACCUGACGAAUGAUCAAAAUAAACUACUGAUUGAUGGUAGUAACUUUUUGAAUGGGGAAGUUAACUACUCUCCUCAUGGCAGGUCUUUUUCGGAUUGCCUGCAAAGCUUUAGCAGUCAUUCAGCUAGCGAUGUCGGGAAGCCAUUUGCGUCUCCAUUUGGUAAGUUCUUGGAUAGAAAUUCAUUAAAUUAUUCCAGUUCUGGGAAACGAAGCUGCCAAAGCAUAGAGCUUCCUUGCAUUAAUGAAGAAUCUGAGAAUGCAGAUGAGAUUGUUGAUGAAUUUGCCAAGGAUGUGGGAUCAAAAAAGCGAUUACCUCUGGUUGACAUUACAGAAAAUGCAAACCUUCAGGUAACAGUGACUGAAGCUGCAACUGUUGCUGAUAGAUGGAGUUUAGAAUCUUUAAACCCAGAAUUCAGCAACACAGGGACUCAUAAUAGAACCAAAGAUAAUAUUGCAAAUGAGAAAAACAGCAAGAGGAAAUAUUUGAACGAGGCCGUGAAUCAUGAAAUCUUGCCAGGAGCAAACGGAGCUAAGAGAGUCACCAGAUCAUCUUAUAAUAGGUUUAGCAGGUCAGACUUAUCCUGCAAAGAAAAUCUCAAAAAGGAAGGUCCAAGAUUCUCUGGAAAGGAAUCCAGGCAUAAAAAUAUUGUGUCCAACAUUACUUCUUUUAUUCCUCUUGUCCAACAAAGAGAAGCGGCAGCUAUUUUAAAAGGAAAGAGAGAUAUUAAGGUGAAGGCCAUUGAGGCUGCUGAGGCUGCAAAACGCCUUGCAGAAAAGAAAGAAAAUGAACGUCAAAUGAAGAAAGAAGCCCUUAAACUUGAAAGAGCAAGAAUGGAGCAGGAAAAUUUAAAGCAGGUUGAAUUGGAGAAAAAGAAGAAAGAAGAAGAGCGAAAGAAGAAAGAGGAAGAAAGGAAGAAAAAGGAGGCUGAUAUGGCAGCAAAGAAAAGACAGAGGGAAGAAGAAGAGAGGAAGGAUAAAGAAAGAAAAAGAAUGCGUGUUGAAGAAGUUAGGAGACGAUUACGAGAACAUGGUGGGAAGUUACGAUCUGAUAAAGAUAAUAAGGAAGCGAAACCCCAAGCCAAUGACCAAAAACCGCGUGACAAAAAGGGAUGUAAGGAUGCGACUGAAAAACUGGAGAAAGAAAGUGGACCUGAAAACUUUGACAAACUGUCAGUGACUGAGUCCAAGACUAGUUCUAUAAGCGGUGCUGGAAGAGCAAGCUUUGUUGUGGAGGACUCUCAAACAAGUGUAUAUUGCCCAGAGGCAGAGGUAGAGGCACCUAAGAAUGUGAUAGAAAAUAGGGUCUCCGAAACAAGUCAAGAACAAUCAUAUCAGAUUUCUCCUUACAAAGCUUCAGAUGAUGAAGAUGAAGAAGAGGAUGAUGACGGCAUACAAAAUAAUAAAUUUGUUCCUUCAUGGGCCAGCAAGGAUCACUUAGCUGUCCUUUUUGCUUCCCAGCAAAAAUUGAAUCCAGAAAUUAUCUUUCCACCGAAAAGUUUUUGCGACAUAGCUGAAGUUCUCCUGCCUCGACAACAUCAGCUUAAAUAGUCUGAACCUUCACAAAAUGUGGAUAGAUUUAAUCUGCAACCCAAACAUUUCCCUGAGUACAAGAGACUUGGUUAGAUUUUGCUGAAUAAUUUCACCAGGAAAAUGCCGAUCAGGUGAUUAGUUUCUUGCUACUCUACAUCCUGAAUAGCUAAAUUGAGAUGAUUGAUUAUUGUACAACUAGGCAGCUUUAUAUGUUGGCUCAAAGCUUCUUAGAACCAAAAUAAACUAAUGAAAACCCGUUCCAAGAACCCCCUUGCGACUGACACCUCAACAACGAGAAAGUCGGAAAAAAGGGCAGUAGGAAACUCUUGGUGUUAACUGUAGACUUCCUCCUAUAUUGCUUUGGGGUGGUGGGGGGAGGAUUUAGUGUAGUCCUGUAGGAAGCAGAAUGUAACCUGCCAAUAUGUAGGUGUAAAGCAGUAGUUCCUAACACAACUUCUCUGUGUACAAUUUAUUUUUAUUAUAUUGUUCUAAUGAAGAUGAAAGUGUAGAUGAAAUUGUUCCAA